UAAACUGUAAGAUUAUUUGGUUUCACUGUUUAUAAAAGUCUAUCCACACGUCUCAAGAAAAUCACUUUAAAACAAAUUGUUCAGGUUAAUAUUUUACAUAUUGAUCCCAUCGUUACAUUAACUUACUAAAGUAAUACCGACCAGUUUCCAAGAUUAUCAAAAUGAAACUUAUAUAUGUUAUAACAUCAUUUGCCCUGGUAAACUUUUGUGUUGCUGAAUUAGAUAAUUUGACUAAAGAGGCUAUCAUAACAAACCUACAUAUGGAUCUGACAAAAGCUCAAUUGCCUGAAGUGAUGAGAAAUGUUUCUCUUAAAAAUAUUCCACUGACGAUUUUGUCAUUGAUGUGUUCAACACCGGAAAACUCAAUCAAAAGCCUAGUAGGGAGUCUUGCCUCUUCUUCCACUGGACAUAACUUGAUGGCAAUUAUACAGUAUGACAUGCAAAAAGCAAUAAAGGAAGUAACAAAUAUCGAUCCACCUACGAUAGAAAACGAAGCGGCUUAUGAAAACGUCACUCUGGAAAAAUUGGGAGAAGAUAGAAGAAAAUUAACUCUAGAAGCUGUAAAAAAUUUAAUCAAUUCUACGUUAGAUGGUAAAGACCCCGACUUUAAUAAGAGUUUCCCAGGUUUUCGCAAUUUGUGCUCCUUAUUAGCAAUGUUCAAGAUGAUUGAAAACCCAGAUUCAUGUGUAUUUUCUGCUAAAGUCGAAGAAACGAGAUAUCCAUUAUCUGGCGAAGUCGAAAAAAAAACUUGUAUCAUAAGAUCUGAUAAAGCCCCUGUUAUCAGAUAUGAAUACGUGAAUGGGAUUCUUUGGCAACUUAACUUCGAAGGUGUUGGUUCUCCAUUUUAUUCACUUUCUUCUCAAGUACAAUAGUGUUGAUCAGAAAUUAUAAUAACACCUUGUUUUGUAGUAAUAUUAAUAUCAUAGGAAAAUCAUUUUUCCAUAACUUCUAAAAUCAAAGUUGUCAAUACAUUUAUUAAAUUAAAAAAUACACAGUUUUAAUCAUGAUAUGAAAAA